AUGCAUGCUUUUGCCAAAAAGAUCAUGAGUGGUGAAAGGAAACUUCCAGUUCCUCCCGAUGCUUGGUAUCAUUUCCCGAUAUCCUGCGAAUCGGAAAAAGGACGUCGUCCGAAACAAGAAGAUCGGAUGCUUGCUAUGCCAACAUUGAGCCUUGUCUUUCCGGAAGUGGUUAGGUCUGAUGUGGCUCUAAUGGCUGUUUUCGAUGGACACGGGGGUGCUGAAUGCUCUGCUUACUGCUGUGCACAUUUACCUGCAGAGUUUGUGCGUGCUUUGAAUGCGGAUCCGACUUCAUUAGAAGAUUCGUUAAAGAAAGCAUUCGAACGGCUCGACGUUCGUCUGCAUGCCCGAUGUGAGCACGAGCGAUGGCGAAGCGGCAGUACUGCUGUUGCGGCGGCCAUAGAUCCGAAGAGUAUGGUCAUCGCAUGGGUAGGAGAUUCAGCGGCAUACGUGCUUUCGUCAGAAAGUAAUCUUCUAAAGAUUACUAACGCACAUGUACCGACAAAUGAGGAGGAAGCGCGACGUGUUGAGCAAGAUGGAGGUCAAUUGUUGUAUAUUCAAGGGGAACUCAGGGUCAAUGGUGUACUGAACUUGACAAGAGCUUUAGGUGAUAUCGGUGGACGACCAAUGAUUAGUCCAAAAGCCGAUACUGUGGUACUAGAACGAGAUGUUUCGCAGUAUCUGCUACUUCUCACUUGCGACGGGAUUUCAGAGCUUUUUAGUGAUUCCGAGGUGCUGGAUAUGAUCAAGUCAUUCGUAGCUAAGCAUAGUUCCAAAAGUAAGUUUGCUGUUAUUUGCUUUUUCAUUGCUAAUUCUUUUUUUUAUACUGCGCUUCUCAUGACGAAUGUCUGCCUCAUCACCUGUUUUUCUAAACAUAAAGUUCAUUAA